AUAGAAAUUGAGCGGUUACUAAUUGUAUAGAGGUGCUAUACUUAAGUUGAACCGGGCACUUCGUGUUUAUACAUAUUCAUUCUGUUCAAUUCUGUUCAUUGCUCACAUGCUUAGAAGUAGAUCUAUUGUCAGAGCCAUUGGCUGGACUGGGAAAUCAUAUUUGCAUCAGUCCGUACGAGUUAAUAAUGCAACUUUCUAUAAAAUGCCUGCUAUGUCACCUACUAUGAGUGAAGGAGGAAUUGUUUCUUGGAAAUUUAAACCAGGUGACUCAUUUAAUUCCGGAGAUGUCUUAUUGGAAGUUGAAACUGAUAAGGCUACUAUUGAUGUUGAAGCUGUUGAUGAUGGGAAAUUAUGGGAAAUAUUGGAAAAUGAUGGUGCUAAGGGAAUUGCCGUAGGUAAGCCUAUAGCCAUUAUUGCUGAACCCGAGGAUGAUUUAUCUACUUUACAAAAGCCAAAAGUAGAAGAAAGUGUAUCAACACCACCAGUAUCUGAACCAGAACCAGUAUCUGUACCAGCAACUCCAUCUCCCGCACCAGCAGCCUCAUCAGCACCAGUAGCUUCUUCAGGUGUAUUCACUACUGCCAACUCAUCGUUCAAAUUAUCUCCAGCCGUUGAAUUAUUAUUGCAUGAACAUAAUAUAAGUGCCGAAGAAGCUUAUACAAAAUUCCAAGCUUCAGGUCCUAAAGGUAGAUUAUUAAAGGGUGAUGUUUUGGCUGGUUUAGGUCUUAUUCCUAAUGAAUCUAUUAUCAAGAUCACUGAAUUCAUUAAAUCUAAGGAACAUUUAGAUUUAAAAAAUAUUGUAAAAGCUGAACCAAAAGUUGCUGCUUCAGAAGCUGCCGCUCCACAAGCUACUAAAGAGAAACCAAUUGCACCUAAACCUACAAAUAUUUUAACUGUUGACCUUACUUCUCACUUGGGUGAAGAUGUUUCUAAGGAAAAGUUCAAGUAUGCUUUUGAAAAGUCCAUUGAUAAUGCUGUUAGACAAACAUAUGCUCAUAGAUUCCCCCAAUAUGCUUCGUCACCAAUUGCUUCUACAUUUGAAAGUUCAGAUUUCUUUGAUGAUUUAGUAAGUCCAUCAGUUACUAAAUCCAGAUUUGAAGUUUACGGCAUAAGCUACGAAUUCUUUGGUAAUCCAUCAUCUGUAGUAAGUAAUGAUUUUGAUGAUUUAUUGGGAGUUGUUAGUAGUACCAGCACUACUACUACUACUACUACUACUACUACUAGUUCAAGUUCAAGUUCAAGUUCGGUCAAUAUUCAAUUUAAGAUUAAGUUCGAUGAAAAGCUUAGUGACUCUAAGCAAUUUGUCAAGUACUUUGAGGACUCAUUAUUGUCACAAAUUCCUGCCAAUAAGUUAAUUAUUAGUUAG